CGUUUGUCCUUAGAACGUCGCUCAGUCUCGCUCCGGGUACGCACGGCUGGGAAUAAAAAGGCAACGCCGGCCAGAACUCGCCUCGUUCCCUCUUGACGUCAUUUACCACCGUAGUGUGAACUAUUUGAAGGCUUGGACAAAAAUGGCCACCAGUCAGCUGGGCGACUCGUUGCUCCACUUCUCCGUCGACUUGUACAAGCAGCUCGUCUCAGCGAGUGGCUCUUCUGAAAACGUCAUCUACUCGCCGUUCAGUAUCUGCGCGGCCCUCUCUAUGGCUCUGGCAGGGGCUCGGAACACCACCUCCAGGCAGCUCGCCGAUGUGCUGCACGUGAACAGUGAGGAGGUUCACGGGCAUUUUGCCAGCUUCCUCUCCAAGCUUCCUGGUCUUGGCCCGGACGUGAAGAUGCACGUGGCCAACCGGAUGUACUCGGAACGAACGUUUCCGGUGCUGGACAGCUACCUCACCCUUCUUCGGGAAUCCUACGGCGCCACUAUUGAAUCGGUCGACUUCAGGACAGACUUCAAGAAAGUCAGGCUCCAGGUUAACGCCUGGGUCGAGCAGGCCACGGAUUCGAAGAUCAAGGAGCUUCUUCCGCCCGGAUGCGUGGACUCUUUGACCACUUUGAUCCUAGUGAACGCGAUUUAUUUUAGAGGCCGUUGGAACUCCAAGUUCGAUCCCGCGUUAACGCAGCGUUUCGACUUUCACUUAGACAAAACGAACAAAACGGAAGUGGACAUGAUGUACAAGAAUAGCGACUACAGCAUGGGCCGCAGCGAUGACCUCAAUGUAAGCGCACUGGAGAUACCGUACCGCGGUGGAAAGGUUUCGAUGGUCAUCCUGCUGCCAGACGACAUCGAAGGGCUGUCCCAAGUAGAGCAACUCUUGACCACGCCCACACUGUCCAAACUCUUAAAGUCCCUCUCUCUUAACUACGACGUCGAUCUGUACGUCCCGAAAUUUAAGUUGGAGCAGACUAUUAACCUCAAGCAGACGCUGAGCGCCAUGGGUAUCGAAGACUUUUUCACUGCUGCCGCGGACCUUACAGGAAUAAGCGCGAAGGGUAACCUCUCGGCUUCGGGAGCGUUCCACAGGGCAUUCGUGGAAGUGAAUGAAGAAGGCACUGAGGCGGCAGGUGCCUCCGCCAUCGAAGAUUGUUGCGAUUGCGCGGCAGAAGAACAGACUGUGUUUCUGGUCGACCGCCCUUUUAUGUUCCUCAUAUGCAGCUCUGAUCCGGAAGCUGUGCUUUUCAUGGGCGCCGUUCGUCGAAUUUAAUCUGAUAAUUGAUCGCUGACGCCAACUUUGUUACCUUUUUGGGGCUUAGUGCUGGUAUGCUUUAGAUACACAAGCUUCUGGAGGAACACUGAGUCGUAGACUCAAUCAUGAUCGCGAUCAUCAGCCUGUCUUUAUGUCCAGGGUCGGACGAAGGCCUCCCAGCGAUCUCCAGUUAUGCUGCUCUUGCGCUAGCCGACGCCAAUUUGCGCCUGAAAAUUUCUCAAUUUCCUCCCCCCGUCUAAUUUUCUGUCGUCUUCGACUGCGCUUCCCUUCACGUGGCACCAAUUCUGUAACUCUAAUGGGCCACCAGGGAUCUGCUCUACGCAUUACAUGGCCUGCCCAGUUUCAUUUUUCUGCCUCUUAACGUCAACUAGAAUAUCGGCUAUCCCCGUUUCACUCUGAUCCAAACCGCUCUCUUCUUGUGUCUUCACGUUACGCCUAACAUUUGUCAUUCCAUCACUCUUUGCGCGGUCCUUCAUUUGGUCUGGAGUUUCGUUAUUAACCUCCAAGUUCCUGCCCCAUCUGUUAGCACCGGUAGAACGCAAUGAUUGUGCGCUUUUCUUUUCAACGACAGUCGAAAGUUUACAGUCAGAAUUUGGGGAUUCGUACCGCGUGCACUCUAACCCAUUUUUUUUCUGUAAAUUUCCUAAUCAUGAUCAGGGUCCCAUGUGACUAAUUGACCUCGACUUAACAUGGACUUUGUAAUGGAUGUUAAGUGGCAUGGUAGGCUCACGUGCGAAAGAGGACCUACGCAAUGAUAUGCUGAUCGAUCGGUUUUUCAAUGCGGUUUCUUUUAUUCACUGCCCUAUUGCAGGCGUGAUGGACAGCACCACGUGUUCGCACUGCUAAUGCCUUCCUCCCUCUCCCGUCUUUCCUGUUCUCCCCUAUACCCUUUCCUCGGUGUAGGGCAGCAAACUGGGGAGUUGCACCUGGUUGAUUGUCCUCCCUACCUCCCUUUCUUUUCGCUCUCUUUCUGAAACCACUCCGCAAUAAAGGGGGGCUCCUUGUUUCACGUUCACAAAUGACGAAGGAAGCUGUAGCGCCAUUGAUUCUUACACCUCUCUCAAGUUAGCGUUGAAGGUACAGUAUUAGUAUAGUAUAGUGUAAGGUAUGGUAUACUGUAAAUGUUGCCGCGUUUUUCAGGAAAUCCUAUGAACGCUAAAUGUGUGCGUCGGUUCCAACACUACGAACAGGUACAAAUAUGACUGAAAUGGAAGCGCGUUAAUAAAUGAAGUGCUUCAAUAUUUGCGCUCACUACUAUGUGAAAUCGGAAGCGACAGAAUGGGAAAUAAAGAUUUUUUUUUUCGUCAGGA